AUGGACCGUCCGCGGUCGGAGUUAACAGAACUUGAGCUUCAAAAACUUGAAGAGUUUGAGUUCGCCAAUGGACCCAUGUCAUUACUUCAGAACGCAGUUGCCAACAGUACACCAGUGGUGAUCUCGUGUCGAAACAACCACAAGCUUAUAGGAAGAGUCAAGGCAUUUGAUAGACAUUGUAAUAUGGUGCUAGAGAAUGUCAAGGAGUUGUGGUCGGAGACUGUGAGGAAUAGUAAGGGACAACAGAUAAAGCUGUUGCCCAAGGAACGAGCAUUGUAUAAUAUAGAUGCUCUAUCAUUGGGCAACCAUCUACGGAAACAAAUAUACAUUCGAUUCUCUGAGUCACUUAUUGCCAUAAUUCUGGUUGAUGAAUCAGUUGGUAAUCAUCCUCAAUUGUGGGCUAAAGUUCAAACCAGAUCGGUGUUUGACCAUAUUUGUAUUCAAUGUGUUAGAGAUGCCAUAGCAGUAGAGAUCAAUGCUGAUUCGUUUCUACUGGCGUUACACAACUAUGAAAGAAGCAAUUCCCAGGGAUUAACCAUAAGAUUACAAAAGAAUACUUUGGGUGGAGCCAUUGCCACCUCUUCCAAUGGAAGAAAUGCCAACCUUUGUCUUUCGUAUUGCAAACCAGAUUCUGAGAUUGUUCAUUCGUUCCGUAUCCCGGUCAAAAUCCUUCGAAGCUCACAUCAAGCCCUCUUGUUACAAGAACCACUGUUGUCACAUAUCCAGUUCAUGAUCCUGGUACCCAGUACCUUUACACACGUGUUUCGACGGCUUGAUCGGUUCAAGGAGCCGUUUGUGGGGAACACCAUCACAUUAAGAGCAUUUUCAGGCCUUAAUGACGGUGGUAAUGGGUCUUUAAGACUCCUGUUUGAACGAGAAGUUGAUGGUUCUGAUUCGGUAGAGCCAUUGAGAACAAUGUCAUCUGAAACAAGAACCUUGAAUAGGGAAGAGCCCAACUAUUUUGGUGCGGGUCCAGCUUUAUUGCCAACCUCUGUCUUACAAGAAGCAGCUUAUGAUUUGAUCAAUUACGAAAACCAAAACUUGGGGAUUGGAGAGAUCUCCCAUCGUUCAAAACCAGCUAUCAAGGUUAUUGAUGAUACGAAGGCCAAAUUUGCUCAAUUGUAUAACAUUCCCGACACCCACGAAGUGUUUUUCAUGCAAGGUGGUGGUACCACUGGGUUCUCCUCCAUCCCAUAUAAUUUAUUGGCUAACUAUGCUAAGAGAACAGGCAAGAAGGGUAAAGGUGCUUAUGCUGUCACUGGAACUUGGUCAAAGAAGUCUGCUGAAGAGGCAUCCAGAUUAGGUUUUGAUGUUGAGAUUGUUAAUAAAACCAUUGGAGAUAUUCCUCCUUAUUCUGAAUGGAAACCUAUUUCCAAAGAUACAGCCUAUUUAUAUGUUUGUGAUAACGAAACUGUCAACGGAGUGGAGUUUAAAGAUAUCCCUGGCUCAGAAUAUUUACCUGAAGGUGUUGAAUUGGUUGCUGAUAUGUCAUCCAAUGUGUUUUCCAAAGUCAUAGAUGUUAGUAAAUAUGGUCUUAUUAUGGCUGGUGCUCAAAAGAAUAUUGGGUUAGCAGGUUUGACUAUUUACAUCAUCAAGAAAACAUUGUUAGAACAAGCUAGUGAUGAAGAAUUACGUGCACUUGGAUUACCACUCGUUCCCAUUGCCUUCCAUUACCCUACUGUGGUUAAAAACAACUCUGCUUAUAACACAAUUCCUAUUUUCACUUGUCAUAUAUUGAAAUUGGUUGCUGAUAAGUUACUUAAAGAUGGUGGUGUUCCAGCCAUUCAAAAGAUCAAUGAACAAAAGGCACAAAUUUUGUAUGAAGCAUUACAAAACUAUCCAGAUGUAUAUCUGUUGAUCGUGACCAACCCUAAAGUCCGUUCAAAUAUGAAUGUUACCUUUACAUUGGCAUCGCCGGAAUUAGAAGCCAAGUUUUUGGAAGAAGCUGCUCAACACAAAUUGACAGGUUUAAAAGGUCACAGAUCCGUUGGAGGGAUGCGAGCUUCUAUUUAUAAUGCUGUUAGUUUACAAAGUGUUGAAUUGUUGGUUGAGUUUGUGAAUAAGUUUGCUGAAGCCAAUAAGUAG